AUGGUUUCGGCGUAUUUUUUCCCGCUGAUCGUCACUGUUAUCGCCAUUGGAGGUUACGCGGCGGAUGAUUUACAAAGCGGUUGUAGUCUACCAGACGAACGAUGUGUGCCGAUUCGGCACUGUUCGCCGGCAAACAAACGUGUCGAGAAAAAUGAGCAUUUAAACAAUCGUACCUUCUACAAGCAGCUACUCAGCAAGAUCUGUCAACCGGAAGAACAGCUAUACAAAAAGACUCACAUUUGCUGCCCGAGGUUCAACAUCGAAUGCCAACUGAAUAAUAAAACGGGUGCCUGUGUGCAGCGCGAGCGAUGUCACAAUCUAGUCUCGUUCACCGAGAAAAGUUUGAUGCGUGCCGUCGAACAGAAUCUUUGCUACGUACACAAUCAGAAGAAAUACUUCUGCUGUACAGAUGAUAACUGUACCGGGAACAAAAUGUUGUGUGAUCAGGAAGGACCAAAAUUAUCAACCACAUCUGCAUUUCCCACCUGUAAGAGUAAGAGCGGUGUUGCGGGAUCUUCGGUACCGCGAAUGCUUUGCAGCGAUCCUCAACAAUCAGUUGCGAACACCAAUAAUGAUCAAGUUUGCUGCGCACCACCGAGACACCCCAACAGCUUGAUCUCGCACCCGAACGCAGCCAAACUGGAUCAAGCGUUGUGCGGGACGGCUGGGUCAGUUAAUAAAAUUCAAAACGGUAUCGUCACACAGCGCGGGGAAUUCCCGUGGAUGGUGAAGCUGGUUUACCAGCACAACGGGUUGUGCAGUGGCACGCUGAUUCAUCCACGGUACGUACUCACUGCCAAGCACUGUAUCAAAAGGAAACUUGUAAAAGUUCAGCUUGGCGUACACGAUUGGCGGGAAAAGAAUGAUGUGCAGGAGAUAAACAUUUUGUACACAUUUAAGCACCCAUCAAUCGACGUAGGACUACUGCAAUUGGCUAAAUCGGCCACAGUGGAUGGCGAUUACGUGCAGACGAUCUGUUUGCCUGUUUUUUCGUCCCUCCGCAUGUAUUUGCCAUUGAAGGUCGCCAUUGUUGGGUGGGGACAAACGCAGAAAAAUAAACUGUCGACCGUGCUGCUGAAAGCGGACACACGGGUGCUGACGGAAAAUGUCACAAAAAAUGAUAUAAAAUGCAACAAUGACCAUAUGGUCUGUGUCGGUGGGUUGGAACACCACAAUCACUGUCCUGGUGAUUCCGGCGGACCGUACCAGGCGCUCAGUAAAUUCGGUGAAUUUCGAAGUCGCUUUGUGCAGUACGGCAUCAUAAGCGAUGGAACGGAGUACUGCUCCAAACCAGACCGUCCGAGCAGAGGUGUACUGGUGGGUUAUGUCAUGGAUUGGAUUCUUGACCAAAUGGACAUAUAA